CGGAAGGCGGCGGGCGUAUUUAAGGCGCAGGCUGGCAUCCGCGGGCACGGCGCCUCCGACCGACGCAGCGGCUCGUCUCUCUGCUGCCCGCCAGCGCCUUGCCUUGCCGAGCCGGGACCAUGUCUGCGCAGACCGCGAGCGGCCCCACGGAGGACCAGGUGGAGAUUCUGGAGUACAACUUCAACAAGGUCAACAAGCACCCGGACCCCACCACGCUGUGCCUGAUCGCGGCCGAGGCGGGCCUCACGGAGGAGGAGACGCAGAAAUGGUUUAAGCAGCGGCUGGCCCAGUGGCGGCGGUCCGAAGGCCUGCCCUCAGAGUGCAGAUCCGUCACGGACUAGAGGGCACUGUGCCACCCUUGCCCGUGAAGACCACCCGCUCCUCCCCUCCUCAGCUUAACCAGCUGCUUGCUGUCCUGCUAUCUAACACGACGUGGGUUUUUUUACAUGUUUAUAACAACAGGAAGCUAAGCACCGUUCUGUGUAAACUAAGUGAUGCUUUGGCUGGGCAGGGGGCGUGGCUUGCAUUUCCCUUUGGGUUUUAAUGAAAGAUGGUUUGAAAAAAGCCCCACUUUGUUUUUGAUCAUUACCUUCCAGUCAUUGUUUCAAUUUUACUAUGCAUUUGAGAGCAGUCAGGGCUCCUAUUGAAAAGAUAACAUGACAGACAGGGAAAAACAUUUCCUUCAUUAUCAGCUUCCGUAAGUCCUUUUUUCCCCUCCUGUUCCAUGGAAUCUGUCGUUGAUUGAGGGAGAGCACAGGUGUAAUUCAAUCAGUCAGAUUUUACAUGAAACAGUUCCUUGGCCAAAAGCUGCAUUAACUCAGAAGGAACCCUACGCUAGUCGCUAGAAACUCCAACAGAAAAGCAAGUAACUCGGAAAAAACAAAGUAUAGUCUUGAAUUUACCUUAUUUAAAUACAUUUGUUAAAUUUAUUUUGCUAAAUAAAAUGAACUGCUUUUGUUGCAAAAAUGGUAUUAUAAAUAAAAUGUUUUGUUGAAAAUGCA